AUGAAAAUACCUAUACCUAAAGAUGAUAAUUUCAUAUUAAUGUUAGAUAAAUUAAGUCAGGAGGAGAAGUUUUUUAUUCACAUAUUAUCAACAUGUGAAGAUGAACAUUUGUUAGGUCAUUUAUAUCCAUUCGUUGAUUGGGUAUGGUUAAAAUCAGAUUUGUUAGCAUGGGCUCCAGUAUUGAAUAGAUUUGAUGAUUUAUUAAGGAAAUAUAUCAUACACAAUAAAUUAGUAAUGCAAAAGAAAAAUAACAAAAAUGGUGAUAAUGAGGGAAGUGAUUAUAUAGUAAUGAAUGAUCGAAUACAAAGGAUAACGGGAUGUACUUUAGAAUAUAAUUACAACAAUUAUAAUGAUAAUAAUGAUAAUGAUAAUAAUAAUAAUGAUAAUAAUAAUAAUGAUAAUAAUAAUGAUAAUAAUAGUAAUAAUAUUAAUAGUAAUAAUAAUAAUAAUAAUAAUAAUAAUUGUGAAAAUAUUAACCUUUCGUGUCAGUCAACUUGCGAAAAUGGGAAAAAAGAAUUUAUACCUUCAGAUUUAUUAGUUGAAGAAAUAUUAAGAUUUACUUAUAACAUAUUAGACAAUUGCUUAAAUAAAACAAAAUAUAAUUCAAUUGAACAUUUAAUUUUACUUUUAUGGAGUUUUAAUCCGAAAUUAUCUAUUUUAUGUGCUGAGAUAUUAAAUAUAUAUUAUUUAUUUAUAAAGAAAACUAAAAAAAAUGAAACUAAAAUUAAUGAAAUCGUAAAUUUCGUAUCAUCUAUUAUUAAUAUUCCUAUACCAGAUCAUUUGCAUCCUUAUAUAAAUAAUGAUAUAGGUAGAAUUAAUGAUAAUAAUUAUAUAUCUGGUUUAGUUUUAUAUUAUUUACAUGACAAAACAAAUGAACAGUAUAUGAAGAAUAUAUAUAACAAAGUAGAAAAUAAAUAUUUCUUAGAUUUAAUUGAUUAUAAUAUUGAUCUACAAAAAAUUAAUAUUAAUGUUAAUAAUAUAGAUAUAUCGUUUACGUCUUUAUUUCCAACACAUAUAAAAUAUAAUGAAACACAAAAUAUAUUAAAUAAUGCCUUUAAUUAUAUUAUGGAAAAUUAUAACAUUCCAGAACAAUAUAUGUAUGAUGUAAGACAUAAAUUAAGAAUAUAUGUUGGUUUAAUAUGUCCUAAAUAUCGAAGAAAGUUAUUUAAUUUAAGAUAUUUAAUCUUAUCUGGUUCUUUGUCUAUUAAUUCUAUCGUAUCACCUCAAAUUGUAACUAGUAACAGUAUAUUUUUAGAAGAAUUAUUAUACUUUUUAAAAUAUCAUAAAUAUGUACAUUUUAAUACAUUACGUAUUAUUUUUGAUUUGUUAAUUACAUCUAUUGAAUCCCAUUUAUAUUAUAAGGUCGUUUCCGAUAUAUUAGGUUUACGAUUACAUAGUGGUUUAUUCAUUAGUAUAUUUAAAUAUUAUUUAAAUUACUUCUUAUCACCAUAUACUUUACAAAAGGAUAUAUGUCCACUAUAUGUUAUGAAUGAAAGUGAAAGAGAGGUCUAUAGUAUAAAUGAUAUAAAUGAAUAUUAUAUAAGAAAAGCUAAUCCUAAUAUUAAAAAUUCAUUAUAUAGUAAGGAAGACACUGGUCAUGUUUACAUGAACAACGACAAUACAAAUAACAAAAGUCAUAAUAACAUAAAUAACAACAACAUUAUAAAUAGUAAUAAUAAUUUAAAUUACUAUACAUUAUCAGAUAACGACAUUUUAAUGAACAUUUUGAGGGAUUCUAUUCCACCACACAUGAUGAAUAUGAACAAUAGCGAAAUAAAUUCAUUAAUUCAAGCAUCACAACAUAUUAGUAAUAACAAUAAUUAUUUUAAUCUAGUAAAUACAUCUGUUAGUCCAUCGCAAGAACAAUAUUUUACACCACGCGCUUAUACGCAAGAGCAAAAUGUUAAUAAUUUAAAUUUUAAUUAUAAUGGUAGCAAUUUAAUGAAUCAAUCUAGCAUAAUGAAUGAACAAAAUGUUUUCUCAUCAAUACCAUUGGAGACAUUAGGAGUUAUUGAAGCGAAUCAAAUGCAGAAUUUAGAUUCUUCAAAUGUGUUAAAUUCUAGUGGAACAUCUGUUGAUAUGAACAUACGAUCAAGUGAAGUUACAUCCCUCAUCAACAACAACAACAACAACAACAAUAAUGAUAACAAUAAUGAUAACAAUAAUGAUAACAAUAAUGAUAACAAUAAUGAUAACAAUAAUGAUAACAACAAUAAUAAUAACAACAACAACAACAAUAAUAAUAAUAAUAGUAAUAAUAGCUCUGUGUUUACGUUUGGAAGUGUUAAUAACCAAGGGGAAAGUGUGAGCGCGAUUGAUAAUAUGAAUAUAUUUGAUUAUAUAAAUAAUACUCCCAAUAUGAUUAAUGACAAUCAUUUGAAUAUUCUAGACUAUAUACGUCAUAGUCAAUCAAAUAAUAAUAAUAAUGAUAACAAUAAUGAUAACAAUAAUGAUAACAAUAAUGAUAACAAUAAUGAUAACAAUAAUAACAAUAAUAAUGAUAAUAAUCAGCAGAGUGAAGGGAAUACUGAAAAAGAUGAAAUAAAAUAUGAGAAUUAUAUUAGUGAAGAAACAAUUAUUAAUAAUAUAAAGAAUUGUAAGAAGAAUGGUGAAAAUGAAUUUUUUAAAGUUACUAAAUCAUAUUUUAAAGAAUUUCGUAAAAAGAAAAAACAUAUUUCCAUGAUGUUGCAAUUAUUAACUUUAUAUCAUACAUGUAUUAUGGAACCAUGUCCUAUCUUAACCAUAGCUCAACAAAACACCUUAAAAAUUUUCCCAUUAUUUUUAUUAGAUAGUUCUACACAUAAUUUACCAAUUGUACAUUUAUUAUUAAGAAUUAUGGAAACCUUAUUAGACUUCACUCCGAAUUUUUAUUUCACAGUUAAAGAUGAAGAAGAGUUAUAUAAAAUAUUAUUAUCACGUUUUCAAUAUGAAUUUUUUUUGAUGUCUGAUAGUUUUUAUCAUUUGAACAGAAAAGAUUAUUUAAGAUAUUAUUUCGAACCUUUUAAUUAUGAAGGUUAUGAUCAAGAAUUUAUAGAAACGAAUGAGCAAAAGGAGAUAUAUAUAAAAAGGAAGCGAGAAGAAUAUUUUAAUUAUGUAAAUCGUAUACAAGAUUUAUGUAAUAUGAAAAAUAUGAAUAACAGUGAUAAUAUUAGGAAUGCUUGUGUUAAUAUAUUUGGUGGUAUAGGCCCUAAUAUAUAUAAUGGGAUAAAUAAUUUAACAGAUGUUUGUAUAAAAAAUGUCAUAUAUAAUAAUGAUAAUAAUAAUGAUAAUAAUGAUAAUGAUAUUGAUAUUGAUAAUAGUACAGAUGACGAUGAUGAUGAUGAUGAUAAUAUUUGGAAUGUUGAGUGUUAUGAUGAUAAGACUAUGUUUUCUAUAAAAGAUAAAUUAUUAAAAAGCCUUUUUGAAAGGUACGAUGUAAAUGUAAAAGUAACGGAUGAAGUUUUAUUAAAUAGAUUUAAUUUCUGGAUAAAAUUAUAUAUAUAUCAAGAAAGAAUGAAAAUAAUAAAAAUGAUUAUUAAAGCAUUAAAUUUAGCUCUUAAAGGUUAUUCACCAACGGAUACCUUAUUAGAUAUAUUUACAAAUAAUUAUAUAUCAGUGAAAAUUAUUAAAUAUAUAUUAAGAUUUCCACAUAAAUUUGGUUUAUGUUUAUAUGGAUAUAUAUUAGGUUUUAUAUAUGAACAUAUUUAUGAAGAUCCAACUAUUUUAUCAACAUUAUUAAAAGAAGGAAUAUUACAUAUUAUGUUAAAUGGUAUUGUUGAACAAAAUCUAAAAGAUGAAACGGUCUUAAUAUAUGUACCAUCUUUAUUAUCACUGAUGUUUAUUCAUAGUAUUGGAAAAUCAACUAUGAAGAAAAUUAAUUAUACACCAAUAUAUAACCUUUUUCAUUUUGUUAUACAAAGAGAUUAUUUUUUUUUUGAUAGAUUUGGUGAUAUUGCAGUAUCUGUUGGAAAUAUAAUUAAUGAGUUAGAAAAUUAUGGUUUUGUUAUGAAAGACUUUUUAAUAUUCCAUGUAAAAUUAUUAAAAAAUUUAUUAAUAAAAGGUCUCAAAUUAGGAUAUUGGAAAUCUAUAGAUUAUGAUUAUAUUGAAAAACAUGUAGAUAAUUCAAUAAAACAGUUACAAGACAUGCAAUUAAAAGAUUUAAAUCUAAAUAGAUAUAAAUAUAGAAAAGAUAAAUUCUUGUUAGAUAGAUUAUCUAUUUUGUGUAGAUUUAUUUUAUCAUAUAUGAAAACAUCAUGGAUAAAAAAUUUUAUACACUUCAAUGGUUUAAAAAUUUUAAUGACAUUUACAAAUCUACCAUGUUUCCCACCAAAUUAUAUACACAUUUUUGAGUAUCAUCCCAUUUAUAGUCUUAUUAUGAAAAUUUACUUAUACGCCUCAUUUAAAAGCUUAUAUAACCAAUUUCUUUAUCCCCUAUAUAAUUUUACAAAUUUUAUUAUGUAUACGCAGUAUGUGAAUUUUAUAUUAAACAAUAAACUUAUAUUUGAUUUAGACACAAAUAUAGUAGUAGUAAAAAAGGAUGAACUUAGAAAUAUAUUAAAAAUGGAACCAAAUACAAAUAAUAAACAUAAUACGAAUUCUUGUAAUAAUAUUCAUAAUAAUAGAGAAUCAGAAAAUGCAUAUAAAGAUUUAAAUAAGCAUAAAAAAAAUAGUUACAAGUACCAUAUGGAUAAUAAUAAAUAUUUGAAGAAAGGGAAUUUUUGCGGUCCAUAUAUAGAUCGUAAUAAAUUGCUAUUAACUAAUAUAACUCAUUUGUUUAAUAUUUUAUAUUUUCUAAUAUCAGCAUAUACUGAUGCUAAAGGAUUAUAUGGAAAUGAAGAAAAGUUAUAUGAUUCUCCUGAAAUAUCCAAUAGAAAAAUUUUAGAAGUUUUUUCAGACGUCUUAACUUCUAUAGAAAGUGUUUUUGAUUUUUUCUUUACACUUUAUUUUUAUCAAACAAAUGAUUUAAAUAAUACUAUAGUCCUACCAUUAAAAGAUAAAAUAUGUAUACAUGAACAUGUAAAAAGAACAAUUAGAAAUAAUCAAAAUAAAUCAGAUUAUCUUUUAUAUAAUUUAUUUGGUUGUACUCGUUCAUUAUAUUGUUAUUCUGUUAAUAAUAAUUUAUAUGAUAUGACUAAUAAAGAUAAAAAAAUACAUUUUCUAUGUGAUGAAGAUAAUUAUGUAAACGAUUACAAAUUUAUUGAUAGUUUAAAAAAGAUUGACAAUGAUGAUAAGGUAUAUAAAGCUAUAUAUAAAUAUGCAUUUUCUCAUGUUAUAUCAGAAUUUCAUAAAUAUCAAAAUAAAAAUUGUAAAACUCCAUCCGAUAUAACAAAUUAUAGAAAAGCGGAGAAAUCGAAAUUUAAGAGAUAUUUCUCUAAUUCCGAGGAAUCUAUAAAACGAUCACUAAGGAAGAGCAAUUCGACAAAUCCUGCUGUUGCUAAUCAUGUCAAUAAUUUGACUAAAAAUGUGGAGAGCAUUAUAAAUAAUAACAACAUUAACAAUAACAACAUCAGCAACAAUAAUAAUAAUAUUAAUAUUAACCAUAACACCAUCAGUAGCAACAACAACAAUAAUAAUAUUAAUCCUUUUAAUAAUAUACAAGCCGAUAUUUUAUGUAACACAGAUGAUUCAGGUAAUUUUGUAGAUUUUUCCAAAUUAUACAAUAUAUACAAUGACAGAUGCCAACAAGAAUAUAAAAAUAAAUUAAAUCAUAGAGUUAACAAAGAUAACAAAUCAGAAAAAUGCAAAAAAUACAAUGAUUAUUAUAUAGAUGAUAAAAAUAUUCAUAUGCACACAAAUUAUCCAUAUGAAUCCAAGUAUGUUAUGUGUGAAAGUUUAAAAUCUUUGCUAGUUGUUAUUAAGAAAUUUUUUAUUAUGAUUAAUUUAGCUUGUCAUACGAGACAACUAAAAAUGAAGACAAGCCCUAAUUACAUAUUUUAUAACGUUAUACAACAGAAACAUAUUUUAUGUAUAAUUAGAUGUAUAACAAAAUGUAUGAUGAAUGUACCUCUUGUUAGUAAACCUAUACAAGAAAAUAGUUACCUAGAAAGAAAUCAUAUUUAUCAUAUUUUAUCAGAUCAUAUAACACAAGACAAAAUUAAUUAUUUAAAUAAAUUAAAUGAUAAAAAAAAUAAAACUAAUAUACACAUGUCAAAAAAUGUAUGUAAAAAUUAUAUAAGAAAAAUGUCAAGAGAUGUACAAGAUAACAAUUUAAUAAAAAGUGAAAAUGGGAAUAAUGUCUCAACAAAUAAUAUCUCCUUUGAUAUGAAUCAUAAUAACAUGAUGGAUCAAAAUAAAAAUAGUUCCAUUGAUUAUAUGAGUAAUAAUAUUAAUGUUAAUCAUUAUAUGUAUCAGACGGAAUGUAAGAAAGAAGACAAGUAUUUUAAUUUAUAUGACUAUUCAUAUACUCCCUAUAUGAAUUAUAAUGUCGAAAAUAUAGAAGGUAUAUAUCCAGAGACUUUUUAUAUGGAAGAGAUAUUAUUUAAAAGAUAUAAUUUCAAUUUUUCAAAUAUAAGUGUAACAACAAAUAAGCAAAUAUAUCAUAAUAAAUAUUCUAAUAAAGAAAAUUGUGUUAAUAAGAAUAUGAGUCAUGUUGAAGAAGAUGCAGAUGAAUUAUUUGUAAUGGAUUCUAUAAAUAACUGCAACAACAUGAACGUAGACAUGAACAACAGUAAUGACAACAGCGACAACAAUAACAACAACAACAAUAAUAAUAACAACAACAAUAAUAAUAAUAAUAAUGAUAAUAAUAAUGAUAGAUGUGUUGAUAGUUUAGGUGGAGACUUUAAUCACAUAAAUAAUUUUAGUAAAUAUAAUAAAACCUAUAUAUGUAAUAAUACAGGAAAUAUUAAAGGUUUAGAAAGCAUAGAUCUUAAUAAUUUAAUUAAUAUUAUAAAUAAUAAAAACAAAACAUUAAAUGAAAAUAAUUGUGAUAGUAAAAAUUAUGAAGGUAAAGAAAAGAACGAAUUAAAAAAGAACAAAUUUAAUGAGAAAAAAAUGGAACAAGUUUCGAUUCAUAUACAAGAUUAUACACCAAUAAAAACUAUAAAAUAUAUAUCAGAAAUAAUUAAUAUAUUACAUAAAUUAUUAUCUGAUAAUAAGUUAGAAUUUGUUAGUUAUUUUUAUUUUUUAGAUUUACUAUACAAAGUAGGAACAUUUGAUUUUAUAUUUAAUAUGUUUAAUUAUGUUAUGAGUGUAUAUAUUUCACUAUUGUCAUUAUAUUACAAGAAAAAAAAGGAAAAUAAACAAAACUGUUGUUCCAAAUUUACUAGUUAUAUACCAAUACAUGUUAGUAGAAAUUAUACAUGUACGAAUACAUAUUUUGUAAGAUAUAUAAUUAGGCUUAUGUUAUAUUAUGCAGAUUCUGAUGUUAAUACAAUAAAAACUUAUUUACAAAUAACAGUUAAAUCAAUAAAUACAUUCUUAGAUUUUUUUAUAAGUUUAAUAAAUAUAGGGAAAUUUAAUAUGAUUUUAUUCUGUUCGAAAAUGUUACAUCCCUUAACAAAAAUACAUAAUCAUUUUGAGGGACAACGUGUUGAUCCAAAUGUAAAUAAAAAAGAAAAUGAAGAGGAAAAAAAUGUGAGUACAAAUUCUGAAAUUAAAGUAAAAGAAGAUAAUGAUAAAAUAAAUGGGCAUAUUUUUAAUAAUAACACCAAUGAUAUACAUAAUAAUAAUAAUAAUAAUAAUAAUAAUAGUGGUAUAUCUUUUGAUAAUAAUAUAAACAAUUUAUCAAAUGAAUGUAUAUCCAUACAAAAUAAUACGAAUCCAAAUUAUGAAGGAAUUAAUAUGAAUUCUGGAUUUUCAAAUAUUUCAAAUAUUUCAAAUACACAAAAUUUCAAUAAUACCAAUGAAUCAUUAAACUAUGAUAAUAAAAUAAAUGGUGAUCAAAAUAAUUUUUGUACAUUUGAAAAGAAUCAUAUCAAUAAUAUAAAAGAGGUAAAAGAUAGUAACAACGAAAAUAAUACUUUUUCCUAUAAUAAUAACUUUUUAUUUUCUUUAGAUUAUUUUGAUAUACUUAAUACCAUAAGAUCAGUAAAAUGUGAUAUAUCCAAUAAUAUAUUUAUGUGGUUAACAUAUAUUAAUAGUACAAGUGUAAAAAUUGGUAAUUUAGGAAGAAAUAAUAUAUACAUUAAUUUUAGUAAUACUAUUAUUUAUAAUUUUUUAAAGAUCAUUUUGAAAUUUAUUCAUCAUUCAACUGAAGUAGAACCAAAACUCAACGAAUUAUGGAUGAAGGAAAAAAAUAAGGAAAAAAAAAAUGUAGGUAAUAAAGAUAAAGAAAAAGAUGCUUUUAACUAUCCAAAUGUUAAUAUAUUAGAAGAAUGGGGAUUAAUGGGAUUUGAUGAAAAAACUAUUUAUGAUUGCCUGAACUAUUCAGGUACAACUGAUUUAGAUUGCACAUUGAAUUAUUUAGAUAAAGCUAAAGAAAAAGAAUAUUUCUCAAAUAUGAGUAUGGAUAAAUCUAUGUCAGAAAAAAAAAAAAAAAAUAAGGAUAAUUUGAAAUCAUCCUAUUCAGAGUUUGAUGAUAACAGUAGUGACAGUUUUUCUAGUGCUAGUAAUAGAAUAACUGAUGAUAUAAUAAUUAGUCGCAACAUCAUGCAAUGUCGUGAAUAUAAUAAUAACUUGAAUGAUAUGAUAACCCAAGAGACCAUAAAUAAUAAUAGCAAUGUUUUUCCUCUUACUAUUAAUAAUAAUGGUAGUAAUGAUAAUAAUAAUAAUGAUAAUAAUAUAUAUGGUGAUUCGUGUAAUAAUAAUAUUUAUCAUAGUAAUAACAAAUUGGAUGAGGAAAAAAAUGAAGAUAUAUUUUAUAAAGACGAUAAAUACAUUUUAGAAAAAUUUCCAUUCAUGUUUGAUUUACUCAAAGAAGCACAGAAGAAAUCAGUACAUGCACGUAUUUAUUAUUAUGAUAAUAUUAUGAAUCCGAAUAAUAAAAGAAAUAUGAUAUUUUAUAUACAAUAUUAUUUGAAAUCCUUAAGAAAAAAUACAUUUAAUUCUUAUGAACAAAAGAAUUAUAUAAAAGCAUUUUGGAAUGAAGAAAAAUAUCUUUUAUUAAAACAAUAUAUAUAUAAAUAUAUUUUUAAUAUGCUUAUAAAUAUUAUGCUCACUAUUCCUUAUAAUGAAAUAUCAUUUAUGAACUUAUAUCUUAGUUUCCUAAUUAUAGAUAUUGAUAAGAAAACAGUUAAAUUGUUUUUAGAUCAAUAUAAAAAAACUAUACACGAUAAAAAUAGUAAUAAAAGUAGAAUAUUUAAUCAUCAAGAUGUAAAAAUAAUUAUAUUAUAUUAUUUUAUAGAAAAUAUUUCUAAAAAAAUUAAAACUUUGAAAAAUGAUGAGGGUAUACCUUAUGAACCGUUCUAUCAUUGCCAUCAUAUGUUUAUGAAUUUACAUAAAAAAAAAAAUAAAGGACUUAAAAAUUCAGAUGACAGUACGAAACAGGAUAAAAAAAAAGAUAAUAAAAAUAUUAUACAAAAUAAAUUACCAGAUGCAAGAAAUAUACAAAAUAUAUAUAAUUCUAAUUGUCCAAUAUCUUCACAAAAUAAUAAUAGAAGUAAUAAUAUAAUUACUGCAACAUCUCCAAAUAUUACACUCAAUAUUAGUACAAUACCAAAUGAUAAUAAUGUUAAUAUAUUUAAUAAUAACAACAACAACAACAAUAAUAAUAAUAAUAAUAAUAAUAAUAUUAUUAUAUCUGUUCAUGAUAUAAAUCCUUCAACAAAUAUACAUGUAAAUAAUAACAAUAUAAACAAUUUAAGUGUUGUCAAUACAAAUAAUAAUAUGCUUAAUAUAAAUCAUGUAAAUAAUAAUCGAAAUAGAACAAGUAAUACUAUAGAAAAUAAUGUGCUAUUACAUUACCCAUUAAAUAAUUUGGAUAAUAGUUAUCAUAGUGAUGAUAAUCCAUUCAACGCUUAUCAAGAUAAUAAUAAUAAUAAUAAUAAUACAAAUCUAGUGGAUGAUAAAAAUGGAAAUAAAAAUAACAAAGAUUAUCAAGAUAAAAAGAUAUUAACAAAUUCUCCGGAUACCUUAAAUAAUGAUUUAAAUGAUGAAAAGAAUUGUAUAUAUGGUACAAAAUAUGCAAAAGGAGAUAUAGAUGUUAUUUAUGAAUCACAAAAAGAUAUGGAAAUUUAUUCAUACCAUUUUUGUUUAUAUAUGUUAUUUUUUACAUUAUAUAAUGUACUUCAUAAAUAUAAUAUAGCAAAGAAUUUAAUUUUAAAUAUGGAUAGAAAUAUACUUGAUUAUUGUAUUUUCUUUAUACAAAAAUUUAAUAUUUCAUAUAUAAAAUGUAUUGAAAAUAAUGUUAACUAUUUUUUAGCACUUGUUAAAAAUGAAAGAAAAAUAGAUAAUCAAGAACAUAACCAAAAAGUGAAGGAACAACAUCAUGUAGAACAACGUCAAUCCGUAUUCUUAAAUGAUGUGCCAUCAUGUAAUGUUAUUAAUGUUGAAAAUGUGGAUAUGAAUUUAAAUGAACAAGAUCUAAUAUCAAAGAAAAAUCAAGAAAAAAAUAAAAGAAAAAGAAAGUAUAAUAAAAUAUUAUCUCAAAGUAAAGGAAAUACCAAUAAUUUGGAUCCAUCUGCUUCAAGUUUAGAGAGUGCUGAUAAAAUUAUGGUAUCCUCAUCUCUCGAAAUAGAUGGAAAUAUUAUCACUAACAAAAUGAUACAUAAUCAUAAUAAUAAUAAUAAUAAUAAUAAUGAGUACAAUUAUAUGGGCUGUUGUAAUAAUAAUAUGAAUGAAGCCUCUAUUAAUCUUAAUAAUGAUGCAAAUAAUAUAUUAAAAAUUCAUAUUAAUAAUAAUACUAGUAAAAAUUUAAAUAACCCCAUUUGCGAUAAUCACAUAAUAACAAGUACCAACAAUGUAAUAUCUGAUAAUGAAAUGAAAAAGGAAAAAAUAAAUAUAAUGUAUAACAAAGGUUUAGUUAUAAAUAAAAAUUUAGAAACUCAUAAUAUGCUUAUCCCAUAUUGGAAUUUAGCAGAUGUGGAUAGUUCAGUAUCUUUGACAAAAACCGAAACAAAUAAUAAUUUAAUGGUAGAAAAUGAGGAAAAUAAAUAUAUCUCAUUAUACUCCAAACCUCCAUGUUUUUAUGCACCUUUGUUUAUGUGCUUAUAUAAAAUUAUUAUUAAUUAUUCCUUAUACAAUUUUAAUGAUAAAAAUAAGAAAACAAAUAAAAAGACUAAAGAAGAAAAGUACAGUGAAGAUAAAAAUAUGUUUUUAAAUAAUUUGAAAAUGGAACAUUAUAGUAUGUUAAAUAAAAAUAAUACUCACAUAAAUAAAUCAGAAAAGGUAUUUAAUACAAAUGAAAAACGAAUUAAUGUAACUGUGGGUACAAGUAAUUAUAAUUUAUCUAAUAAUAUUAAAUUACCACAAACGCAUAUGGAAAAUGUAAGAUAUGUAUCAACAGAAAAGCAGCAUAAUAUUAUAAAAAUAUGUAUUGAUACAUUAUAUUUUUUCAAAGGAUAUAAUUCACAUUUAUGUUUAAGUAUAUUAAGUAUUAUUGAAUAUUUAACUACUACAUAUAAUAAUGUGGUUUUUUUUAUAACUUAUUCUCCUCCAAAUAUUUAUAAAGAUUUUAAAAAGGUUUUUCAAAUAGAAGAACAAAUGCGACAAAUGAAUAGAAGAAAGAAUCUAAAUCAAAAUGAUGAUAAUCAAAAGAGUUUCGAUAAAUUUCAUGUAAAUAAUAAUGUAAUAAUUAAUGCAUCAACAAAGAAAGCCAAGGAGGAACUGAUUAGUAAUAACGACAUAAAUGUGGAAAAAGAAAUUCAUAAAAAUAAUAAUAAUGAUAACAAUAAUGACAAUUUUAAUAUUCCUCCAUUUUAUUCAGUUGAUGGUUUUAAGGGAGAAAAUUCCAAUUUUUAUGAACAAAAAUUAUCAUAUUUUGAUUUAAAUGAUUUAAUAUUAAAUAAUAUGAGUAGAAACAGUUUAGGUAUAAUAUUAAGCAUUUCAAAACAAGUUAAGUUUAAAGAUAUGCUAAUAUUAUUAAUAAGUAUAUUACUUCAGUGCUUUACAGAUAAUUAUGUUAUAGCUAAUAGAAUGGAAUCUAAUUUAAAAUCAUAUUUUGCAUCUCAUGGUAUACCUGUUAAAUGCUUUAUGAAAAAGGAUGAUUUGGAGGUUAUUGAAAACCCUAAAUUCGCCAAUGCUUUAGGGGUAUCAUUAAGUGAAUUAAAUGAAGCAUUAUAUCCAUUCAUAUUUAAAAACCCACAAAUUUAUGAAGAUAUAUUAAGUUGUUUGUGUUUUUUCCCAAAUUUAAAAUAUAUUAAGAAAAGUGAAACAAAUGAUUUAGAGAAAUUUGGUAUUAAUACGAAUGUCGAUGAUACAUACAAAUUUUUAGAAGAAAAAAAAAAAAAACUUGAUCCUAUUGGCCAAGUAAAUACAGAUAAAAAGAAAAGUUCAAAUUUCGUUAUGAGUACAAAUGAUAAUGUGAAUUUUGAUAUGAACAUAGAAUAUAAUAAUAUAAUUAAUCCUAGUAAUAAUAUGAAUUUGCAAGAUUUUACUAAAAUAGAUUCAUUAAAGAAUGAAGGAGAAAAAAUAAAAGAAACAAAUAAAAAUGAAGAAAAUAUGAAUGAUAUAUAUAAUAAUAACAUAUCAAAUAAUAUAUCCAAUAAUAAUUAUUACUUAAAUAUUUUACCAAUACCUGAACAUAUCAAAUCUAUUUAUAUGUUAUCUGAAGUAGCUUUUAGUCCAAGGUGUUUAAGAAAAUAUCAUGUCAAAAAUAAUUUUUAUAAUUUUUAUAUCCUAGCUACAUUAUUAGAUUUUUUGAAUUUGUUUACUAUUAUACAAAGUAAAACUCGACUAGCUAAAUUAAGUGGAAAAGAAGAAAAAGAGAAAUUUAAUAAAGCAUUAAUGGAAAUAUAUGGUACUGAUGCAGAUUUUGAUAAUGAAUUAGAAUAUAAAGUUAUGUAUCCUUUUGCUUUAACAGCCGAUAAUAUGUUAUUUAUAAUAAACUUACUUUUAAAAACUUAUAAACAUUUAAUAGUAUAUUUAAUUAAAAUACCUGCUUCUUUUAAUCAAAAAAUUAUCAAAUCAUUUUUCCAAAAGGAAUAUGGUAUGUAUCAUUUUAGAGGAAGUAUGUUAUAUGUAGAUAAUUCAUCUUUUCCAUAUAAUGAUAUAGCAAUUAAUAAAGAAAGUAGAUUAAGUAAUUUUUCAUCAAUUUCAAAUUUUAGUAUAACUAGUAAGAAUAAAAAUAAUACAGAUAUAAAUGUAAAUAAUAAUACAAAUGAUGAUUCAGCAAUAUAUUUAUUAACAAAAAAUAAUGAUGAAAAUAAUAAAAAUGAAUAUCCAAUUAUGGAUUUAUCUAAUGUUUUAUAUAAAUUAAUACGUUGUGAUUCUGUUAAUACACAUACAUAUAAACAAAUAUCAGAAUAUUAUUUACAAAAUUAUAUGCAAUAUUAUUCUCUUUUUGAUUUAUCUAAUUUCACUUUUAGAAGUUGUUUAUUCCCAUUUAUAUAUGAAAAGAAAUAUAUAACUGAUAUUCAUAAUAUGGAUUUGAUAAAUUAUGUUUCUAAUAUUAAUAAUUCGCAUAAUAUUGUAUUUACGCCAUUUUUAAUAUUCUUAUUCAAAAGAAUAUUACCACAAUUUAUUUGUCUUAAUUAUCCUUCCUUACGUAGCCCAUACUCUUUAAAUACAUUUAAAAAAAAAUAUCCUAAUAUGGAAAAAUAUUAUGCCUUAAGAAAUAAUGAAAAUAAAAAUUUAACAUAUCUAAGACAUAUUGUUAAUUUUAUUCAAUUAAUUUUUGAUAUACAUAAUGCAAAUUAUGAUAUACAUAAAAAGGUUGUAUUAGAAAUAAUACACUUGCUUAAAAUACAUUCUAACUUUCAAAAGAAAAAAGAUAAUGUAAACAAAAAUAUAAAAGACAAUGAUCAUGUAUUUUCUAAUGUUAUGGAUAUUUUUACAUAUGCAAUAAGUUCCCUUUUAUAUAAAAUGGUGAAUGAAGAACAAAAUAUUAAAAUUCAAAAACCUCCUAAUGUAGAAGAUGAUCAAUGUAUAAAUAAGAAGAAAAAGGUUUCCGAACAAUUUCAACUACAUCAAAAAGGGAACACUAAAAAAAUUAAAAAAAAUGACGAUAGUGAUUAUAGUAACGCAGACACUUUUACAUUUAACAAUCGUGAUAAUAAUAAUGACAAUGAUAAUAAUAAUAAUAAUAAUAAUAAUAAUAAUAAUAAUAAUAAUGACGAUGAUAAUAAUAAUCACAACAAUAAUAAUAACCACAACAAUAAUAACAAUAAUAACCACAAUAAUAACAAUAAUAAUCACAAUAACAACAAUAAUAAUAACAAUAAUAAUAAUCACAAUAAUAAUAAUCACAAUAAUAACAAUAACAACAACAAUAAUAAUAAUCACAAUAACAACAACAAUAAUAAUAAUAACAAUAAUGAAGAUGGCAAUGGAGAAAAUGAUGAUAACAACAAAACAUUUUAUUAUAACAGAGAACAACUUAUAAUGUUUCGACACUCUUUAUGUAAUUUAUUAAAUAAAUUAGAUUAUUCUAAAGAAGAUUUUUCAAAUGUAGCCACGUCCAUAAUUAGAUGUCUAUCCGUUUUAACAUCUGCGCCAGUCAUGGGAUAUCCUAUAAAAACGAAGAAUAAUAAAUUAUUUAUGAUUAAACUAAAUAAACUCAAUGAAAAGAAAAAUACAAAAAUAAAAAAAAUAAAAAGAAACAAAAGAAGAAAAAAUGUUUCGUAUGUUACCUUUCUAAACCCAUCAUAUGUCCGCUUUAGAUCGGAUUCAAGCAAUAACGAUUCUGAAUGUUCAGAUAUUCCAUAUUCAGAUGAUUCGGAUAUCUCGUAUGAAGAACACUUCAUUUUUGAUAAUGGCGAAAGUGAUGAAGAGGAUGAUGAUAUUCGUUAUGAAUACGAAGAAGAAAUGGAUGAUGAUUAUAUGGAAGAGGAAGAAAUAGUAAAUCAGGAAGACGGUGAAGAAGAAGACGAAGAAGAAGCUAUUGAAGGAGAAGACGACGAAGAAGCACAGGAUGAAGAAAAUGACGAAGAGGAAGGAAAUAAUGAAAACGAAACCUUAUUUAAUGAUGAGUAUUAUAAUCAAACAGAUAACAAUAACGAUAACGAUAACGAUAACAAUAACGAUAACAAUAAUGAUAACAAUAAUAAUUUAUUAAAUGAUGAAGAAAAUAACGAUAUGUCUAAUAAUGAUGAGGAAAAUGAUGUGGAAAGAGAUGACGAAGAUGUAGAAGGAGAUGAUGACGAAGAUGUUGAAGUAGAUGAUGACGAAGAAGUUGAUGUAGAUGAAGAUGAGGAAGAAGUUGACGUAGAUGAAGAUGAAGAAGAAGUAGAAGAAAUGGAUGAUGAUAUGGAAAAUGAAGAUGAUGAUGAAGAUGAUAUAGAUGAUGAUGAUGAUGAAGAUGAUGAAGAAGAUGUAGAAGAUGAUGAUGAAGUAGACGAUGAAGUAGACGAUGAAGUAGACGAUGAAGUAGAUGAUGAAGAAGUUUUAGAUGAUGAAUAUGAUGAAAUUGAUAUUGAAGAUGAAGAUGCUGCCGAAAGAAAUAGUAACGAAGUAAAUGAUAAUAAUAGAAAUGUACAUGUACAUGCAUAUUUGGUGCAAGAUAGAAAUGAAAUUGAUGAAGACCAGAUAUAUGAUAAUUCUAACGAUUUAUUACUUCCUCACGAAGUAGAUGAAAAUGAGGAAAUUUUAUCAAACAUGGAUGAUAAUAAUAAUAACAUUGUAUCCAGAUUGGAUUUGGUUUCGGAUAGUAGUAAUGAUAUGGAUGAACAAAAUGUUCAUAGAAUUAGAGAAAUAGAUGAAACAGAAGAAGAUGAAGAAGAUGAUGAUGGAGAGGAUGAUGAAGAAGAUGACGAUGAAGAUGACGAAGAGGAUGACGAUGAAGAUGAUGAUGAUGAAGACGAUGGAGAGGAUGAUGAUGAAGAAGAUGAUGAAGAAGAUGAAGAUGAAGGAGAAGAAGAAUAUGAAGAUGUAGAAGAAGAAGAUGGAGAUGAAGAAGAACUUCAUAUAAAUAACAGUACAUAUAAUGUUAAUCAAAAUGUAGAUAAUAUUAGAUCGAAUAAUAAUAAUACAGAUUUAAUAGAUAACGAAAUAAAUGUAAAUAAUUCUCUAUUAAAUUGUAAUGAAAAUCAACAUGAAAUAUUAGAUAUCUUAUUAGAAGAAGAUGGAGCUUAUAAUAUUAAUGAUGAUAUAGAUGAAUAUAAUGAUGAUUAUGUAGACGAAGUGGACAAUAAUAAUAAUAAUAAUAAUAAUAAUAAUAAUAACAACAAUAACAAUAAUAAUAAUAAUAGAAGUAAUAAUAACAGUUUUAGUAAUAUUGUUAAUAUAGACGCUCAAAAUAUAAACAACAAUCAAAUGAGAAAUAGAAUGAAUACAACAAAUGAUAUAGGACAUAUUAAUAAUUUACAAGAAAAUAUCAAUACAAAUCAUAUGAAUUCAACUUCUCAAUAUAAUAUGAAUGGUAAUAUUUCAAAUAUAUGUAAUAAUACAUUUGCAGGUCAAAAAUCUUCCUCAAAUGAAAGAGAUGUUUUAGAAAAUAAUGUAAAUAAUAGUAUCAUUAUUCAUAAUGAAAAUAGUACACAUGAUCAUCAUAUAAAUUCUUCAUUAUUAGAUAAUAAUAAAAAUCAAAAUAUUUCAAAUAAUAUAAGUAUGAUACAUAAUAGUACAAUAGAAACGAAAAAUAAUAUUCUUCCUAAUGCUUUAGAAAAUAACAUUCACAAUAAUAUAGAUACACAAAAUAAUUUAUGUAAUAAUGUAAAUGCAAAUAGUUGUUCUAAUAAUAUAUAUGCGAAUACUCAAACUAAAAGUGAGAAAAAAGGUACCAUAAAAAAUGGCAUCAGUUUAGAAAAUAACGAAGAAAAUACUAAUGAACAUAUUAAUAAAAAUAAUGUAAUAGUAGGAGAAAAUUAUAUUCUCAAUAAUAAAAUAAAGAAUGAACAAAUUAAUAAUACUAAAGUUAAGAAUGAUCAUAUAAUUGAUUCAAAUAUUAAUAAUAUAAAUAAUAUUAAAAAUGAUAUUAAUGAUAAUAUUAUAAAAGUUGAUAAAAACAAUAUUAAAAAUAACGAUUCAUUUGCUGUCAAAGAUAAAAGUAUGUUAGAAUCAUCAGAAAGUACAACAAAUAUUAGAAAUGUAGAUGAAAAUAAUGUAAGCAUAAUUGAUUUGUAUUAUCAUUUUUAUGGUUCUAAUAAUAGGGACAUAAAUACAUUAUUAAAUGAAAAUAAUAGUAUCUUAUAUUUAAAUGAAACGGGUCAAAUAAAUUCGACACAAAUAAAAGAAACAAACAAUAAAAUUAAUAAUAAUAAUAAUAAUAAUAAUAAUAACAAUAAUAACAAUAAUAACAAUAAUAACAAUGGUAAUAACACAAGUGUUGAUAAUAAAGAUUCUAAAAAAACAGAUAAAUCAAAUAAUACAAAUGACGCUGAACAAGUAGCAUUACAAUUAAAUAAUAACAAUACUGAAGGCGUAGAAGAAUUUAAUAAUAUAACCAGUCUUAAUAUAGAAAAUUUAAUGGAUCAACUGUAUUCAACUUUAUUAAGUACAGAUAUAAGAACAAAUGAUCUUUUAAACAAUGAAAUUAUAUCAUUGCAAAAUAUAGCUAACCGUGUACAAAGAAAUAAUGAUUUUAAUAAUAUUGUAGAUGAGAGCAGUUAUAAUAUUAUAGGAGAUGAUAUAACAGAAAAUCGUAAUUUAUAUGAUAAUCGUUUGAAUAGAAAUAAUAGUGUUCCAUAUAUUCAUAGAAAUGUAGAAAGAUUAAAUAAUUUCCCUCCAUUACCAACAUCAAACAAUAAUACAAAUAUUAGAGCAAGCUGGAACAAUAGAAAUAUAAAUCGUCCAAAUAGCAUAACAAAUAAUGUUGUGAAUAAUUCCCUGAACAAUAUAACAAGUAGUAUUAGAAAUAAUAAUUUGAGAAAUAUAUUUAACAAUAUUAGAAAUAAUAAUAAUAAUGAAAAUGUUUUUAAUAGGCAUAGAACUAUUAAUAUUGUUCCAUCUAUUAUAAGAAAUGAUAUAAUUCAAAAUUUAUCAGCAUCACACCAGAAUAACAGAGAUCCAAAUAGUAGUAGUAGUAGUAGUAAUAAUAAUAAUAAUAAUAAUAAUAAUUUAACCACCAACCGAGAUACAAAUAAUACCAACGAAAGAACAAACGAAAAUAACAAUAUUCAUAAUAAUAAUAAUAAUGAGAAUGAUAACAAUAAUAAUAUAUCACAAACAAGGGUUAAUAACAAUGAUCAAAGACAGGUGUCAGAUUUAAAUAAAGAUAAAAAUCAAAUAAAAGAUAAAGGUAGUAAAAUUGAAAAAACAGAAAUGUUAACUAAAAAAUAUAACAAAAAUCAAGCUCAAUUUAAUAUGGUUGAUGCUGUUAUAGAUAAUGACACGAUAUUAAAGAGUGCUAUUUGUAAUAGAAUGUAUAAUAGAUUGUGUAAAGCUAUACCAAAAGUUCAUAUUAAAUUACCUUUAGAAAAUUUAAUUGAAGAGAAAAAAAGAAUUAUUCAAACAUUGAAAAAACAAAAAGAACAAGAACAAUUACAAGAAAAUAUAAAAGGAAAUGAUAAUAAUAAUAAUAAUAAUAAUUCCAAUAAAGAACAUCAAAAUGAACUAGAGGAUGUAAACAAAAACAAAGGUGAUCAAAAUAAAAAAGAUAAAAAGGGAAACAAGGACAAAAAAUUAUCUCGUUUUACUACAACUACAAAUGAUAAAAAAAAAAAUACCAAUGAAGAAAAUGACAUAAUAGAGUCGAAUGAAAAUGAUAAUAUAACAAAUGCACAAUUAGGUUCACAUAACGAACAACUAGAAAAUACUGAAUUGAAUAAUGAUAAUAAUAAUAAUAAUAAUAAUACAAACAAUGGAUUUAACCCUAAUGAAGGUGAUAAUGACAGUGAUAGUGACAGUAAUAGUGACAGUAAUAGUGAUAGUGACAGUGAUGAUUAUAAUGAUAACAGUGAUAAUAAUAAUAAUAAUGAUAAUAAUAAUGAUAAUAAUGAUAAUAAUAAUGAUAAUAAUAAUGAGAAUCAAAAUAAUGUAAAUAAUGAUGAAGAUCAUUUAGAAGAAGAAAAUGAAGAAGAUUAUAAAAAUAUUAAUUAUGAAGAAUUAUUUGAUAAUAUUUUAAAUAUUGAAUCACUUCUUAUAAUUUGCUGUUCCUUAGGAAUAAGUGAAUCUCAAUUUUUGGAGCUCUUAAAUGUUGAUAGAUCAUUUCUUAUAGAAUUACCAUCAAAUUUAAUAGAUGAACUUAUAAUUCAACAUUUAAAAAAUAUCACCUUAACAGGAAUUAGUGAAAAGGCACAAGAUAAUAUAAAAAACAAAAAAAUAAUAUCAAUUAAAAUGUAUAAGAAUUAUCUGAAAUAUCAAGAAUAUAAAAAAUCCCAAGAAAAUAAUGCAUCCAAUGAAAAUAAUACAAAUGAUAUAUUAAAUAACACAACGGGUAAUAAUAUAACAAAUGAUAACAAUAAUAAUGAUAAUAAUAAUAAUAAUAAUGAUAAUAAUAUUAAUAAUAAUGUGUCAAGUGCUAAUUCAACGACGAAUAAUUGUGCUACAGAAUUUAAUGAACGACCUAAUAAUGAAAAUUCAAGUGUAAUACAAAAUCUUGAUAAUAAUACAAAUAUUCAAAAUAAUAUAAAUGAUGAAAAGGAACAAAAUAUUCGUAUAUUUAAUAGUAUAAAAAAAAGCUAUUUAGAAGCUUUACCAUCAAGUAUUAGAUCCGAAAUUAAAAAAAGAAUUAUAGGAAAUAGAACUGAAAGAACUGAUGUACAAGAUGAAACUAAUAUUUCUUUUAUAGAUUCUUUAACGCCUGAAUUAAGAAGAGAUGUAUUAUCGACAGCUAGUAUACGAUUUAUAAGAACAUUAACUGACGACAUGAUAGAAGAAGCGAGAAACCUAAGAUUGGUAAUAUUAAAUAAUCGUAAUAGUGCUCUAAAUGCAAAUAAUAGAAAUAGACAAAAUGUUUCAAAUAAUGAUGGAGCAAAUACUACAGCUACAAAUAACAGAAGUGUAAGUGAUCGAAAUGCACAAAAUAUGAAUAAUAUAAGCAAUACAAAUAAUACAAGCACUGUAAAUGAUACGAACAAUACAAAUAAUGUAAGCAAUGUAAGCAAUGUAGGCAAUACAAAUAAUGUAAACAGUGUAAAUAAUGUAAACAAUGUAAGCAAUGUAAGCAAUACAAAUAACAUGAACAAUAAUAAUAAUAACAAUAAUAAUAAUAGUAUUAGUAGUAGCAGUAAUAAUAACAGCAGUAGUAGCAGCAGCAAUAUAACAUCAACUACCAACCGAAAUAUAAACGGUUCCAAUGUAGCAAAUUUAAUUAACAAUAUAAGAAAUAAUAUUCAAGUUAGAAUUAGUAAUCGUGCUUUGAGAAAUGUAUCAAACAAUUUAAAUAAUAGUAAUCAUAACCAUAAUAAUAUAAAUAUUAUAAAUAAUAUAAACAACAUUAAUAGUAUCAAUAAUAUGAAUAUUAUUAACAAUAAUAAUAUGAUUGUGAACAAUUUUAAUAGAAGUAAUAGAAAUAGUAAUAGACUGGUUUUUACCGGAGGGAACCGAAAUAAUCUUAAUAACAGACGUCGUUUGAAUUUACCUUUAAGAAAUUCACUUUCAAAUAUGCAAAGAAACAAUUUUAUUAGAAUUACCUAUAAUGAAAAUAAUGCUCCAGUUAUUAUGAUAAACACAGGUCAUGAAAAUUAUGACAGUUUAACGGUUACUCGUUUUAUUGAUAAUAUUAUGGGUAUUAGAACACAUGAUGCACUGGCAUCUGGUUUGCCUAUAGGAGAUAGUAAUAAUAGUAGUAAUUAUAAUAAUAAUAGUAAUAAUAAUAAUAAUAACAAUAAUAACAGUAAUAGUAACAAUAAUAAUAAUAAUAAUAGCAACAACAAUAAUAAUAACAACAAUAAUAACAACAAUAAUAACAACAAUAAUAACAACAAUAAUAACAGUAAUAGUAAUAAUGAACGAUCAAGAUUAUUUAUGAGUAACCAAAAUAGAAAUGUACAUCAUAAUAAUAAUGUGGAUCAUAACUAUCAUGUUAUGAAUGAUGAUAAGUAUUUAGAAAAAGAAGAUGAUAUGUUAUUGAAUAGAUAUUUAAAAAAUUUAUUUCCGUCCAUGAAUAGAUUUAAUACUGAUAAUUCAAAAACUUCUUCAUUAUAUAUAUGUGUAGAAGAACCAGUUCCAUUUCAAGCUUUAAUUGAUAUAUGUAGAUUAUUAUUUUUAAAGAAAGAAAUUAAUAAAAAAAUAAUGUUUACAUUAUUUUGUAAUUUAACUUGUUCAUAUCAAAAAACAAAGGUAUAUACACUACAAUUAUUUAUGAACAUUUUAUGGUGUGCAUCAGCUGAUUUACACGCAAAAAAAAAUAAUCCAUCAAUAGUAUAUUUAAAUUCUAUAAAUUUCCCUCCUAAAAUGUUAUAUUAUAAUAUGAAUAAGAAACAUUAUGGUUUAUUUUCAGAUAAUUAUUUUAUUACUGCAUCUAUAUCAGCCGAAAGAGUACUAGAACAAGUACAAUCAUUACUUAUUACCGUACCACAUAUUUCUUCAUUCUUUUGUACAUUUUUAAUACACCCAUCUUAUUUUAUGCCAAACGAUUUAGAUGAAAACAUGAUAACUAACAAUGAUAAGGGAAACGAAACUAAUAUUAAUCAGGGUAAUCAUAAUUUCAUGGAUGUUCCAUAUUAUGGGGAUAAAAUGAUAAAGAAUGAAAAGACUGAUGGGGAAAAGAAAAAUAAUGAAAUAAUAAAUUAUCAAAAAGAAAAAGAUGUAGAAGAAGAAAAAGAAUAUGAUGAUGAAGCUGUUAUUUUAGAAUAUGAAUUAAAAAGAAAAAGACCAAAGAUGGAUGAAAAAAAAAAGCAAAAAAAUCAAAUAUCAGAUAUAUAUAAAAAUAAAACUAACAUAAAUGAUAAAAUUAGCACACAAGUAGAUAUGUCUAAAUAUGAAUAUCCGAUAAAUAUCUUAUUCAAAUUAUUAAAUUCAUCUUUAUAUUUAACCUCUAAAAAAUUAAUGAGUCAUUUAUUAUCUGUUAUUUAUAAUUUAUUAAUUAAUUGCGCCAAAAAAAAUCAUAAUUAUGCAAAUUUUACAAGAUGGGUAUAUGAAGAAAAUUUAGAAGAAAUAAUCAGCAUGGAAAAUGAAAAUAAUGAAGAGGAAGUAACAAGUGAUGAUAAUAAUAAAAAUAAUAAUAAUAAUAGUAGCAAUAAUAAUAAUAAUAAUAGUAGCAACAGUAAUAAUAACAAAAUGUCAAAUGAUAGGAAUGGUACAAAUCCUGAAAGAAAUGUCUCUUGUACAAAUAAAGAAAAUACAAAUAAAAAUAAAGAUACAAAACAAAAACAAAAUAAAGAAAAAGAAAAUUUUCUUUCUUCAACUAAAAUUGAUAAAGAAUUAUUAUUAAAUAUAAAAAGUUUAAAACCAAUAGAUGAAGAAAUAGAUAAAAAGGAUUUAAUUUCUAAACCAUAUUAUUUAUUAGAAGUUAUAUCAAAAGAUGCAUUACGUAAUUUAAGUAAACUAAUAUGUAAUUACAAAACGAACUUUUUAUGGAUUAAUAAUAUGAAUAAUACAACAAAUAAUAAUAAUAAUAAUAAUGUAAAUAAUAAUUUAGAACAAGUACAUAAACAAGAUAUUUCAUCACUAAUACAAAUUAUGGUUAUGUUUUUCUCUCAUUAUAAAUUAAAAGAUUUAAUUGUACAAUCCUUGAAACGUCAUACACAUGUAUUAAUAAAAAGAAUUAUUUAUGAUUUAAAAAAAAUUGUUCAUUCAAUUCACAAUAAAACAUUCAAUAUAUAUUCUGUUGAUCAUUCUGAUAGUUUAGAACAAAAAUUAAUUGCCUUCUAUAGAGUUAUCACCAUACUAUUUAAUGCACCCACACUAAUAGAUAGUAUAACAAAUAAAAAUGAUCUAAAUAAAAGUGAUACCAUUAAUUUAAAUAAUACUAAUAAUAGUAUAUCAAAUGUCGAAGGUGUAAAUACACCUGUUCAAGAAAAUGAUCAUAUUAAUAAUAAUAUAUCUAAUGAAAAUGAUUGUAAUAUUAAUAUAAUGAACAAUGUGCCGAAUAAUAAUAAUCAAGACAAUAUAUCAAGUGAAAUAAAUACAAACGAAACAAAUAAUAAUAAAAGUUUCGUAAACAAUAAUGAUAUGGACAAUGAAACAAUUAAAAAUGACUAUGAAAAACAUAUAAAUAAAACAAGAGUUGAUGAAGAAACCAAAUUUGAUAUAUGCGCAGAUUUUUUUCUCUCAAUAAAUAUUGAUUUAUUGUGGGAAGAAUUUAAUAAAACCAUGCAAGUUAUUAAUAAUUCAUUGAUUGAUAAAAAUUAUAAAUUUAAAGAUAACUAUUAUUAUAAAGAUUUAAACACAACUAAAGAUGAUAAUAAGAAAGAAAAUAAUAAUGAUAAGUUACAAACGGGUAAUGUUCAUAAAACAAAUGAAAAAGAAGAUAAGAAUAUUAGUAACAAUUUAGCUGAUACACAAGACAAUAACAUAGUUACCUUGUUUAAUACAGAUUCUUCAUCUAACGACUGUUCAGAUCAUGGUGAUAUAUAUUCAAAUGAUAGAUUAUCAAGUAAUAUACAAAACGAAGAAAUAAUAACAAAUGUAGAAAAUGAAAAUAACGAUGAAAAGAAAAAAGAAAAUGAUGAUGAACCACCUCCAACAAUUUUAAACUAUCUCUUACCAUUAAUGGAAGCCUAUUUAUUUAUUGAAGAAGUUAUAUUAGUAUCACAAUAUAAACUAAGAAAAUUUAAAGACUUAGAAAAAAAAGUAGCCAGUUUAAAUGUAGAAAGCAUCAAAAUUAAUGAAAAGUUGGCAUAUGAUGAUAGCCCAUUUUAUAUAAACAUAUAUAAUAAAAAGAAAAUGAUGAAGAAAAAAAAUAAAAAAUAUAAAAGUACAAAAGAGUUAUUGCUGGAUAUAUUUGACGAUUCUCAUAUCAAUAGUGAUCCAACUAAUUUAAAUAAAAUUAAAAGAAAAAUGUGUACAAAUAAAUUAGAACAACAAAAACAAAAACAAGAAGAAGAAGAAGAAGAAGAAGAAGAAGACGAUAAAAAAAAAAUACAAAAUAAUUAUACUCACGAUGAUUCAAUGAAUAAUAAUAUAGUUGAAAAUGAAAAUAUAAAUGAAUGUAUAAAUCAAAAUACAAAUGAAAAAGAUCAUGUUGAAGGACAAGACCAAUUGGUAAGAAAUAAAUUGAAAAAGAAAAAAUUAAAUGAAGACCAAACGAAUGAUAAUAAUAAUAAUAAUAAUAAUAAUAAUAUACAGCAGUUAAACAAAAGAGAAGAAAUGAUAGUAUGUGGUAAUCAUGAUCGACAGGAAAAACCAAACGAUAAAGAAAAUAAAAAUAAGAAUAAAAAUAAAAAUGAUAGAAAUAACGAACAACUUGAUUCCAAUGUGAAUCAUGACAAUGUGGAUGAAAAUAAUACGAAUAGUUUUUAUAACAAAAUAUCUAACGAACAAUCAAAUCAUAAAGAAGUACAAGAAUAUCAAGACAGUGAUAUUUAUGAUGAUGAUAAUGAUGAAGACGUUGAUCAGUAUGGUAAUUAUUAUAAUGAAGGAAAGGAUGACGAAGAAGAAGAUGAUGAUGAUGAUAAUGAUGAAUAUAUACAAAUUAAAUUAGAAGAUAAUGAAGGAACAAUAAACAGCCGACAUAAAAAAUUAAUAAAAUUUGUUUAUAUCAAUAGGAGAGUUAUUAAUAGCUUAAUAAAACAAACGCCCAUUUUAUUACAUCAUAACUUCAAAUCAUUAAUUAAGUUAACCUCUUCAUGUAUUAAUUUUGAAAAUAAAAGACAUUAUUUAAGAAAAAAAUUAAAAUAUUUAAAAUCAGGUAUAAGAAGUGAUCCAAUACGUUUAAGUAUAAGAAGAGAAAAAGUAUUUACAGAUUCAUAUUAUCAAUUAAGAAAUAAAUCUGGUAAUGAUUUAAAAGGAAAACUUGUAGUAACAUUUAAAAAUGAAGAAGGAGUAGAUGCAGGUGGAUUAACAAGAGAAUGGUAUUCUAUUUUAGCAAAAGAAAUAUUUAAUCCUAAUUAUGCUUUGUUUUGUAGAGAAGGAAAAAAAAGUGAAUUUAAUCAUCCCAAUCCAUUAUCAUAUAUAAAUCCUGAUCAUUUACAUUUCUUUAAAUUUGUUGGAAAGUUUAUAGCUAAAGCUAUAUAUGAUGGUCAAGUUAUUGAUGCAUAUUUUUGUAGAUCGUUUUAUAAACAUAUGCUUGGUCGAAAAAUUCUACCAGCAGAUGCAGAAUCAGUAGAUCCUGAAUUUUAUAAUAGUUUAAUAAAAAUAUCAGAAUAUAAAUUAGAAGAUUUAAAUUUAGAAAUUAAUUUUAGUACAGAAAUUGAUGAAUUUGGAAAAACCAAAGUUAUAGAUUUAAUACCUAAUGGAAGAAAUAUUCCAGUAACCGAUGAAAAUAAACAUAAAUAUAUUGAACUUUUAUGUGAAUUAAAAGUAACUAAUAGUAUAAAAGAACAGUUAGAAGCAUUCAUGGAUGGAUUUAAAGAAUUAAUCCAACCAAAAUUAAUAUCUAUUUUUGAUGAUAAAGAAUUAGAACUACUUAUUAGUGGUAUUCCAACAAUUGAUUUAAAUGAUUUAAAAGAAAAUGUAGAAUAUCAUAAUUAUACUGCUAAUUCUAUACAAAUUAUUUGGUUAUGGGAUGUCUUACAAGAAUUUGAUGAAAAUAAAAAAGCAUCAUUCUUACAAUUUGUUACAGGUACAAGUAGAGUGCCAUUAGGAGGAUUCAAAAACCUUAUGGGUAUGAGAGGAGCACAAAAAAUGAUUAUUUAUAAAGCUUAUGGAGAAGACCGUUUACCAACAGCGCAUACUUGUUUUAAUCAACUUGAUUUACCAGAAUAUUCUUCAAAAGAAUUAUUGAAAAGUAAGUUAAUAAGGGCUAUCAUGGAAGGAAAAGAAGGAUUCGGUUUCAUAUAA